CUUAUUCAUCAAUAUACAGAGUACCAAAUUGCUUUAAGUAUUAUGUGUUUAUUUGAAUGCUUUUUAUUUAUCUACUCUACAGAAGUGGAUCAGAGUGGGCCAAAGUCUCAUCUAGAGGUUAUGGCUGAGAUGAGGGACUACAGGAGGCGCAGACAGUCUUACAGAGCGAAAAACGUUCACAUCACCAAGAAGACUUACACCGAGGUAAUUCGGGAGGUCAUUGAUGUCCACUCUGGAGAACUAGGCAGGAUUUGGCAGGAAGCAAAGGACGAUGAGUCCCAAGCCUCACAGCAGUCGUCUCACAGAGGGGAAUUUGAGAAAGGUCGUUCUGCAUCCGUUGAGUCACGUGUGUCUCGUAUCAGCUCCCGAGAUGAGCAUGAGCACAAACGACAUCGCAAGCGCAGCCGAAGUCGUAGUCGCAAGCACAGUCGAGAGAGGAAAAAAAGGAGCAGGAGGGAUUCACGCUCUCCAGAUGUGGAGAGACGUCACAAGAAAAAGAAAAAAAAUAAGUCUUGAGAUGUGUGUAAUUUAACAGAUCUCAAAUGAUUUGAAUGAAUUCUUGUUGAUUUCAGGCAUUCUGAAAAUGAAUUUUUUGUUCCAACGUUAAUUUUUGUUGUCAAAUUAUUUGGCUUCUUUUUCAUAAUGUUAUACUUCAAUAAAAUGUGAAUAGAA